GCUGGCGGUCGCUUCGUUUGCCGCUGAAGAGUAAGGUAAGAUUGACGCAGACUAGGGCAUGAUCAGAGUCCAGAUAGGUACUCCAAAAGGAGCGGCAGUCUUGUACACAACCACGUCAGCGGUAGCUGAUCGCGAUGUGAUCAAUCUGAGUCCAGGCUUGAGAUGCAGAGGGAGGACGCCAGGUGGCACAUCGGCGAUGACUGUGUCGGAAGUUAGUGCUAGCCAGAAACAGGUUGUGGUCUGUGCAAAGUUGCUGUAGACGGUCCCCGUUAUCUGUCCUGCGAUCGACAAGUCCCCAUUGGCCACCUAAACGACUCUCUUCUGUACUAUAAUAUCUAUCGAACGCACUUUCUGGAGAACAGUCAACUGGUGGUGGAAUUCGUCCUUGACUGCAUCCGGGCUGCAAUCUAUCAAGGCAUAACCGAAGAUGACGAAAAGACAUCGUUUCUCACGCCGAUUUCUUCUCACUUUGAUGGAACUUUCUAAUCUAACAGCACAUAACUGACUGUUAAUGGGGAUUCAAUCGAUUAGUGCUGCCUCAGCUCUAGCGCUUAGUGCGACACCAACGCCAGCAAGACCAGACGAAGAUGCCACUGCGUCCCCGGAUAAGCAUACGUAAAACAAGCUUUUCGAAGCGACAGAUGGAGAGCGAAUUUCUAGUACUUCACCAGAUUCUUGAAUAUGGGUCUCGGCUAGACAACAAACGUCGAUAUUAAGACGUUCCACAGACAUAAUCAGCCCUAUCUGUUGUCCGACCUGCAUAAGUGUGCGAACGUUGAAUGCAGCCAGUUUGAAUGGUGCACGUGGUUUCAGAAAAGCUGCUUCAGUACUCAUAUUCGGUGGUAACAUUCAAUUUUCAACCGGACAGUGAUUCGAGAACGUUUAGAGAGAGUCGAAAUUCCACCAUAGACGAGCUGCUGUAUAAGUCAAAAAAAUAAGUAUCGACAGAGUAGGAAUAAAAGGGGGUGAAUAAUGACGUAGUAAAUAAUAAUAAUAAUAAUAAUAAUAAUAAUAAUAAUAAUAAUAAUAAUAAUAAUAAUUUGAAUCAUUUGAUUGUUAGUCGAAGCAAGAAAAGUAGUUUCCACAAAUUUAGACAUUUCAUCAUAUUUGUGUGUGGGCUGUAAUACUACCCGGGUGCCCAGACCGAGGCAGGUGGUUUCCUUAGGGGGCCACACCCCGAGCCUUUGACCUAAAGGUCUGGCCCACAGGGCAGUGGAGCAUCAUGAGGAGAUGCAGUCCCAUGGUAGCCGGUGACCGAAAAUUGGUUCAUACGCCAUUUGUUCCUGCAGGAUACUGGAGCCCAUGUGCACCAUUGAUUCGGUUUGGGAUCCGGUUAAAGGCUGUUUGAAUGGCACACGUCGGUUCAGAAAAGCUAAUUCAUAAUUUUUAUUCAUUGGUAACAGUGAAAUUUCGACCAGUCAGUGGCUGGAGUUCGUUUUAUGUAGAAAGAAAUUUCCACUUUAGGCGAGUUUUCAGAAUUGGAAAAUAAAGAGCAAACACAACGGUAAUGAGAGAAAGUAGAAAAAUAGGGAAUUUUAGAAUUACUUUGUAUUUAAUUAAGUAAAUGGAAUAGUCGUUUGUGUAAUUAAUAGGUUCAGACAAAAGGAUUUCGUUCAUUAGUAAUCAUCAUAGUUGUGCUGGCUCGAAUACUACUCGGGUACCUAGACCGAAGUAGGCUUUGUGCAAAUAUAUCCACCUCUUUUUCGGAAACUCCCUGCUGUAAUUAGAACUGUACGUGCCAGGAUCUCAUCUUUGCGUAAAGAGAAAUCAAAUGAAAUCUAGUGGUCACCAUUGUACAUUAGAUUCAAGGAACUUGAUUUUAUUGCCCAUUAUUACAGAAGUUAGUGCUAAGCUUGUAACAGUCUGUUUUUAUUUUUCAUCUAGAUACUAAGUAUGACUGAAAACGUGAGCGAAAGUUGUGUCUUCUUUAAAAAACGUAGUCGAAAAAAUAUACGACAAAAAGAGGGUUCUUCUAGUGAAGAUGAAGCAGUCAUAAAAACUCAGAAAAGACGUCAGAUUAAUAAUAUGCUGUAUCAACAGACUUCAAAGUUUAGUGGUAACAAAAACUGCUCAUCUGAUGAUGAUUCUGAUAAGUUUGAUAACAGCACUCCUAAUACCGUCACUUAUAAGGCUUCUCAUUCUAAGGAAUCUAGGAUAACAAAAGAGCAUAUUGCAACUGCUACUGUGGAGAUCGAUACCGAUGUGAACUGUGAUGCGCAAGCUAUCUUUGAAAAGGCUCAAAAAUUAAACCAGGAAUCUCAUAAUCGUAAUAUAUAUAAGGGACUUAACAAUUAUGCUCAGUACAUUGAAAAGAAAGACACUGUUAUGGGCAAUGCAUCUAGUGGCUUCAACCGUAAAGGUCCUAUGCGAGCGCCAGCCAAUUUAAGAGCUACUGUAAGAUGGGAUUAUCAACCGGAUAUUUGUAAAGACUACAAAGAAACAGGAUUUUGUAGUUUUGGGGAUAGCUGCAAGUUUCUGCAUGACAGAUCAGACUAUAAACAUGGUUGGCAAAUAGAACAAGAAUUAGCCGAGGGAGUGUAUGGAAUUGAUGGUGAAGACAAUCGUUACGAGAUAUCGCACAACUCUUCUGAAGACGAAGGCUUUGAAGAUAUCCCAUUAUCUUGCAUGAUUUGUCGCAAAGACUAUAAAGACCCAGUUGUAACCAUAUGUAAACAUUACUUUUGUAGUGAUUGUGCUCUUCAGCGAUAUAAAAAAACUGCACGGUGCUACGCAUGCACUACAGAUACCAAAGGCUUCUUCAAAUUUGCCAAGAAUCUAUUGUCUCGUAUUACUAUACUGCGUGAAAAAAAGAAGAAGCAUUCUGAAUUAAGCGAAAGUGAUCAUGAAGAUCAACAUCAUUCCUGUUCUCAUUCUCCUGUUCAAUGUAAAGGAGAACAAAGUGAUAAAGGUGACUUUCUUAACAAAAGUGUGGAGGCUGGUUGGGUUCCAACCAAUAAAGUCCAACUUCCAAAAUCAUCAGAGCCGAAUUGGGCCAAACCCGAAGCACCAGAAUAUUGCGAUUCCGAUGAAGAAAGCGAUUAAAACGUUACCGCUACACACAAAUGCACAAAUAUGUAUAUACAUCUGAAAUACACAAUUAAAAUCACUCAACUUUUUUUCCCUUCAUUUUGUUCCGCUUGCUUAAUAUCUGCAUUUUUUUUAGGAUAAUGGAUGAUUUUUAUGAAGUUUUAGGGUGUACCAUGGAUGCUACAGAAGACGAAAUCAAACGAAUUGUUAACGAAGCUCGACUUAAGUUCCAUCCAGAUAAAAAUCCAGAUGUUUCAAAUAGAAAAUUCUUGGUCGUAGAAAGGGCAUGGAGUGUUUUGCGAUAUCCAGAAAAACGUAAAGCUUAUGACGCUUUGUUGAAACAACAUAAAAUUAUAUCUCACUCUGCUGGAUUGCCUAUACAGUCUGACGUAUCAUUUGACCAAUUUCAUGAUGAAAGCGAAUCCGUUCAUGACGUAGAUUUACAAUCCCACAAUCAAGAGUGUCACUGUUAUUGGUUUCCUUGUCGCUGCGGUGGAAGUCAUGUCUUAGACGACCUUGCUGUACUAUGCCAAGUCCCGUAUGCAAAGUGUACAAACUGUUCUUUACUCGUGCAUGUUUCAUACCCUGAAUCUCAUUGAUCAAAAAAUCUCGAGAUAUGCUUUUCUGUUAUUUGUGUUUUCUUAUUGUGUUGCGUUUUUGCGAAUAUAUGUGUGUAUAUUUCUGUAAUUAUUGUUUUACCAAAUCCCCUUGGAUUCAUCUUGCUUAUCUUUUAGAUUUUACUAAUUUUAGAUGUCUUCAGACGGGAAUGAUGAAUUCGAUGUUCCCUCUGCCCCUCCACCUUUCAAGGGAUUAGAAAAAGAUAAAGUCGAGACGAGAAAGCGACAAGCACUGUUUCUCCGUCAAGCUUUACGGAUCGUUGAAAGAUUCGCUCACAAUCCUGUGAAUACUGAUAUGCUGGCUUAUGCUUUACCAUGGUUGGAACGUGAACAAUAUGACGAUAUCUCGAUAGAGCGAAACGCUUAUGGAAAUUGUGGUUAUGUAUUAUGUUCCAAGCCGAAAGGUCAAACCAAUAAACAAAAGUACCGUAUCUGCACAACCACUCGGAGAGUAUACGAUAUUACCAAGCGUCAACCAUUUUGCUCAGACUGGUGUUACCGUGCUUCAUGUUACAUACGCAAACAGAUUUCUAAAGAACCAGCAUGGUGCCGUUCAGCAGAUAGUUUAAAACCAUGUCACAUAAGUUUGCUACCUCCUAAUGUUCCAGGACAUGUUGGUAAAGUGAUUUUAGAUGUACAGAAUCGUUUACUCUUAAAUGGAUCUGAAAGUGAUUCAAGUAUUGAAAACGAACUUAAUGUGAAUACUGAAUCCGAAUCUAUUGACUUGUCAAGUAGUACAUUGGAAUAUUCACGUAAGGAGCUCGAGAAACUGGCACUUGGAACAAAUAAUGAAAAUAGCAUCGUAGUUCGUGACAUUUGUCCACAUGCAUUAGACUCUGUUGAAUCUACAGUUACAUCUUAUGAUAAUCAGUCAGAAAUGUAUCUCAAGUCUCCAUCAGAUUGCGAACAACUGUUGGAUAACCAAAAUGUUUCUACUAAUCUAUGCGACAAACUUUCAAAACGUUUACAAGAGUGGCUAACUGAAAAAGCAUUUGUGAUUCUCACCACCUAUACAUUUACAUCUGAGGAACCAACUUCGGUUGAUGGGUUACAUAGCAAAAUUUUGCAGCAAUUUUUCUUAAAACAUGUAUCAUCAAAAGAAGAAACCCGGGAGAAAACUCAAUUUUCUGACUAUCCGCUUACCUGUGUUCUACCACUUGUUGAUUCGGUUUCUCCUGAAGUUCUCCGUAGACAAAUCCUACUGGAUGAUCUCAAAAAAAGCAUGCAUCCAAUAUUAGAUGCUUUAAAAAUAAAUAUUCAUUGUGUAUACAGAAGAUUAGAAAAUUCUGUGCUUUAUUUUAAUCUUACAAGUAAGAACGUACAUAUGAACCAAAACGAAAGUCAAUUAAUGGCUUUAGUGAUCUUAUUCCUCAUGGCAAACGUAGAACCUGCUUUGGCCCAACUCACAAAUGACGAAUGUAUAACUAGAUUUCUAAAUUCAAUAAAUGGACCGUCUUUGUUACUGUUUAAAAAUAAGAUCAUAAACCAGGCGAUGACUCUGUACCGUUAUGAUUCGGAUGACUAAUCUAUUUCAGAACCUUAAUGCAUCAAAGGACUUAUCCCUGUUCCGAAAUGUUGGAUUUUUUGGUAGCCAACAGCUUCAUGUUUGGCCCUAAACAUUCACAUCGUUUUAUGACGGAUGUUAGCUAGAGGAAAAACUGAUAUGUCAAGAUCUACAUUGGCAAACACUGAACUUGGUGGUUAAUGCAGUUGUAAAAUAGUAAAUAUUUUAUAACACAAACCAAUAUUACUUUCUCCGUGUACAUGUGCUGCUCAUUACUUUUGUACAACAAAUAAUUUAAAUGAAAGUGAUGAGAGAUUUUUGUAAAGAUUAAGAUAUUACUAGCGCUGCAAAAAUGACCAACGUUUAUGGAUUUUAGUAACGAUCUAAUAAAGUACUGAGAUGUUUCACUAAUGUUAAUCGCUCUAUUUCAUUGUCACAUUUAGUACUAUAUGAAUCCUAUACUACUUUUUUGUUUAGAUCUAUAGAAUAGUAUCAUUUUAAAAUAUGCUUAUAAUAUUCUACAGUACUGCGUAUUCAGAUGAUAUGCUAGAUGUUAUACUACUUAGAAAACUGCACUUCUUGGGAUGAUCGAAUUUCCCAGUUAGAGUGUAGAAUAUGAAGAAAUUAUUUUAAUUGUAAAUAAUGCUUAAGAUCGAUUCACUUAAGAUUUGCAAGGUAAAGACGUAAGCACAACAAAAAAUUGACGUCUCAACGGUGUUAUGGGAAGC